AUGCGCUCGUGGAAUCGAGGGCGUCCCCUCGCUGCGAGUGGCCACCUCGUCUGCGUGUCGCGAAGGUCUCCGGUGACGGCAGGCACCACCCUUGCCACGACGUACGCGUCGGCUAAUGCCGUGCCCUGCCCACCGCUGUCGUCCUCCAUGGCUGCGUCAGCGCACCGCGUAUCCGCGGCAUUUUUCCACACCUCCCGCGUGCACCGCGCCCCGUCGGACGUGUCGGACGACCUCGCGAAGGAUCUGCAGGACAUCAUCUCUCACGACCGCCUCGUCGUCUUCCUCACCGGCACCCCGGCGCAACCGCGGUGCCGGUUCACAGCGCAGCUGGUCGACCUCCUCGACCAGCUCGGUGUCAAGUACAGCUUUUUCAACAUCCUGGACGACGAGGAGGUUUGCGAGGGGCUCAAGGCGUACAGCGACUGGCCGACGUACCCGCAGGUGUACGUGGACGGAGAGCUGCUCGGCGGCUUCGAUAUUUGCAAGACGAUGAUGCUGGAUGGCACUCUGACGACGAUGCUGAAGGAUAAGCAGCUCAUCUGA